AGGACCAGUCUGACUGCACCUGCAUCCUUGGCUCAGAGCAUCCCUGGAGCAUCUUAAGAGGAGGGCGCAGCUGGCAACCAGGGAUCGGACCGUCGCAGGGGACGUCCGCCAGAUACCUUCCCCCUCCCCUGACCGACAGCUCCACAGCGGCGACCUCGGUACUGACCAGGGGUUCCCAGAGUUGUCUGACCAUUACGAGAGCAUUUAUAGCCACAGCCUCUGAUUACGACAUGGCUGAGAUCACCAAUAUCCGACCUAGCUUUGAUGUGUCACCAGUGGUGGCCGGCCUCAUCGGGGCCUCUGUACUGGUGGUGUGUGUUUCAGUGACUGUCUUUGUCUGGACAUGCUGCCAUCAGCAGGCAGAGAAGAAGCACAAGACUCCACCAUACAAGUUUAUUCACAUGCUCAAAGGCAUCAGCAUAUACCCAGAGACCCUCAGCAACAAGAAGAAAAUCAUCAAAGUGCGGAGAGACAAAGAUGGCCCUGGGAGGGAAGGUGGACGAGGGAACCUGUUGGUGGAUGCAGCAGAGGCUGGCCUGCUGAGCCGAGACAAGGAUCCCAGGGGGCCCACCUCUGGAUCUUGUAUAGACCAAUUGCCCAUCAAAAUGGACUAUGGGGAAGAACUGAGGAGCCCCAUUACAAGCCUGACCCCUGGGGAGAGCAAAACCACCUCUCCAUCAUCUCCAGAGGAGGAUGUCAUGCUAGGAUCCCUCACCUUCUCAGUGGACUAUAACUUCCCGAAAAAAGCCCUGGUGGUGACAAUCCAGGAGGCCCAUGGGCUGCCAGUGAUGGAUGACCAGACCCAGGGCUCUGACCCCUACAUCAAAAUGACCAUCCUUCCUGACAAGCGGCAUCGGGUGAAGACCAGAGUGCUGCGGAAGACCCUGGACCCCGUGUUUGAUGAGACCUUCACCUUCUACGGAAUUCCUUACAGCCAGUUGCAGGACCUGGUGCUACAUUUCCUCGUCCUCAGCUUUGAUCGCUUCUCUCGGGAUGACGUCAUUGGGGAGGUGAUGGUGCCAUUGGCUGGGGUGGAUCCCAGCACAGGCAAGGUACAACUGACCAGGGACAUCAUCAAGAGGAACAUCCAGAAGUGCAUUAGUAGAGGGGAGCUCCAGGUGUCUCUGUCAUAUCAGCCGGUGGCACAGAGAAUGACAGUGGUGGUCCUCAAAGCCAGACACUUGCCGAAGAUGGAUAUCACCGGUCUCUCAGGUAAUCCUUACGUCAAGGUGAACGUCUACUACGGCAGAAAGCGCAUUGCCAAGAAGAAAACCCAUGUAAAGAAGUGCACUUUGAACCCCAUCUUCAAUGAGUCUUUCAUCUAUGACAUCCCAAGCGACCUCCUGCCUGACAUCAGCAUCGAGUUCCUCGUCAUCGACUUCGAUCGCACCACCAAGAACGAGGUGGUGGGGAGGCUGAUCCUGGGGGCACACAGUGUCACAAGCAGCGGUGCCGAGCACUGGAGAGAGGUUUGCGAGAGUCCCCGCAAGCCUGUAGCCAAGUGGCACAGUCUGAGCGAGUACUAAUCCUGUUCUUCUCGCCUCUAACCCUGGGGCCAGGCUGGGGAGGGACGUGGUGGGGAGAGAUGUCAGAGAAGCGGACUCAAAACCUCAUUUUAGUUGUAGAAGAAAAUUUCUUACAAAACAAACCCCCGACAAGGAACAUCCCACAUCACCACAGCCGCAGAUCAGUUCUUAAGCAAAGACGAUUUUUUUUUUUCUCCUUUGCAAGGCACUAGAAAUUCUUUUGUUUUUUUAAAUGGGGCGGGGAAAGAGAGGGAAAGACCYCUACAAGUCUAUAUAUAACACUGUAACCUUAUACUUGCAUGUCUAAUACAAACUGAAGAAAUUAGCCUAAUUGCCAAUAUCAAGUUGCAGAUUUUAAUCCAUGAAAAUUGUGUUUUGUGCCGAAUCGUAUUUGCUGAUUACCUGAAAUUGGCCUCUUUUUACUGGGCUUCUCUGGAGAGUUAGUCCUUCUCCCCACCUUGGCAGAAAACAAAUUUUUGCUCUUGUAAAGCCUCAUGUUUUCACUAUCUCCAUCUUUUCUCCCUGUUACCUCUCACGUCUCUGCUCUUUGGCUGAGACCAAGGUCCAGAGGUCUAUAGUAAGCCAAGAAACAAAGGUUGAGUGAAAAGGCAGGGUUUGCAAGAGAAGGAGUAAUUGAGCAGGGGGAUAUUUUUGCUGUUAAUCUUCCUGCUCUGAAGGGGUAGUUGGUAGUCUAUGACUCACUGGUAGCCCCAGCAAAGCACAUAAAACUCAUCGGACUUACCAGGAAGAAUUUGGAUUUACAAAACUAGACAAUUUCUUUAAAAGACUUACCAGGAAGAAUUUGGAUUUACAAAACUAGACAAUUUCUUUAAAAGGAGCUUUGGAGGCUUCAAAUUCAGCUCUAGGAGACUACCAGUGAACUCAUCCAGAUGAUUCCAAAUUUUAUUUGCAGGAAUGAGGACAAGGAGGAGAGAAAUGAGAGGACUACCAUCCCCUUUGGUAGUUAUAUCCGGUAGUGACAGCCAUUCCUUAGCUGAAUCGGGCUGGAAGUCCUCAGAGGUUGGAAGGAUUACAUUGGCCUUUGUUUUUCCAGGAAGGCUGACAUGGAGAAGAAUUAGAAUCUUCUCAGGUGACUCAGAUGUUACAAUGAAGUAACUUUUGAAAGGCCCUCAGAAAUGAUUAUUUCUCCUUGAAAUUUUCAAUAAUAGCUCUUAAAAAUAACAGUGUGGCUGAGUAGUAAUGGUAACUUGGGGUGGGCAUAGUUGGUGCCCAUCAACUCAGGAGGCAGAGGCAGGAGGAUUGCAAGUUAGAGACCAACCUGGGCAACUUA